AUGGCUCUUGAGAACACCACCCUAAAUAACCUCCUAGCCGUGGACAACACCUACUGCACACGUUUACAAAUUCGAACGAAGCUCCUCAAUCAAGAACACCACGAAGUCAUUGCGUGCAACCCAGAAGCCGUCCCCGCAGUCCAAGAACUCUACGAAUGGCUCAUAGGAACGUACCUACCCCAACGCUUCCCAAGCCUAUACCGCAUCACAGAAUCAGGCAAACAUUUGCGGAACCACGUCACAGAUACCCUCAUCCCACUACAUAUGCCAAACGGAGAAGAAGCACUUGAGAUCUUAGGUGCGAACAUCGAUACGGAAUUCCUUUUACUCACUCCCUCUCCUCCUACAUCUUCGCCUACUGUUCCCACGAAAUACGUACUAACGGCCUUUGUAAACUGCUUUCCAAGCGGCUUCAACACACGCUCAAAACUCGGCCAACUCCUCGCUGACAUCCACGCUCCCGUCCCCGGGUACGCGGCAAAGCUAGAGAAGAGCAUGGAUCGCUUCUUUGCCAAUCUGCCUGUGGGCAAGAUCGUUAAGCGGAGUAAUUGGAGCAUCAGUACGAAUGGGGAGCUGUUCUGCUUGCAGGGUAAUCAUAUGAGUGAAGAGGAGAUGCAAAGAAAGCAAGAAGUGGAGGAUGUAGAGGAGAUUGAUCUGAACAAGUCGGUACUGGAUUCGGCUAACGAGAACAAGACCUACCAGUAUCCCCUACGUGAAUUGAGGGACGAGGGAAGUGGGCAGGUUCUUGCGGAAGCUAUCGACGGCUUGGGCCUGGGCAGCGUACCAGCCAUGACUAUCUACAAGCGUCAGGUCGUUUGGGGUGAUAAAGUCAAAGCGUUCUUGAGAGGAGAGAUUGAUGCUUGA